CUAGAAUUUGCCAUCACGCCAUCACUCUCACUUUUCUUUUUAGAGGCACCAGCCAUGCACCAGCAAGCUAAUAGCUACGAAGUAAGCUAAUAGCAAAAUGGUACCACGAACGCCAAGAUUUUUGUGGCUAUCAACCUACUUUGCUGCGGGUGUGCAUGCCUUGGUCGUCACCUUGCCCUCGGGAAGCAGGUUGAUCGGUUCUAGGAGUGCUUUUUCCCAGCAGUGUCGGUAUCCUGGUUACGGCUUUCGGUCGACAUGGCAUCCCUCAAAAUCUUUUGGUACCUGUUCCAUGGUGCUUCAGGAUGCGGGCCCUCCUGACUUCACCAUAGUUGAGGAUGACGAUAAUGAUAAGGGCGACAACAGUGGAAGUGAAGUGGAAAAUGACAUCCAACCAAAGCCCAUUAUUGAGAGUGGCGGUAUCCCUCGGUCAACUGUCCAGAAACUCAGGGUAAAGAACAUGCCGUCAAGGCCCAAAAGGAGUCCAAAAUUAGAAGGAACGUCUUGGCUCGAGAAGAACGCUGCCUUUUCGGGUGAGGAAUAUGAGUCGCCGAUUCCUGCCGAUGACUCGACAAAAGGCAGACCAAAUCGAACGUUUCGUCAGGAUUUUCAAGGCACUCGUGUGUUUGUGCAGGGUAUUCCACUGGAUGCGAAGUGGCAAGAUUUGAAGGAUCAUUUCGCCAUUGCAGGUGCCGUGGUAUUUGCCUCUGUAUCUGUGGAUUCUGCAACUGGAAAAUCAAAGGGAUGCGGCAUUGUUCAGUUCGAAACUAGCGAAAUGGCGCUACAUGCUAUUGCCGAAAUGAGAAAUCAUCCCAUGUUUGGAAGCACCUUGUUUGUGCGAGAAGAUGUGCAGGAACAGCGAGGUGCGGGUGAUAGAGAACUACGAAGUCGAAUGCCCGUGAACCGACGUGACAGCAACAACAAACCGCCGAAUACGUGGGAGUGCGCGGAUGAUGAUAACUCAUCCGUCUUGAGUGAGGACGAGAGAGACUCUGUCGUGGCCCUCGUCAAGGCCCGAGAUGCGGCCAGGAGGCGACGCAAUUACGAAGCCUCCGAUGAAAUGAGGCACGAAUUAAAGUCCAGGUACGGUGUUCAUGUGGACGAUAGGCUCAAACAAUGGUGGGUUUCCUUCGAUGGAAGCCAUGUUCCGCAGAACGUAAAGGCUGUCAAGGGUGACGGUCGAUGGGGCGACAAGAAAGUAUGGCAACAGAUACUGACGACCCCUGAGAAUGAUGCCUGUGUCAACCCUGACCUUGUGAAUGGUCUGCUAAUGCAGCGAGACAUUGCCAGGCGCGAAAAGGACUUUUCCACGGCCGACGCCCUCCUGGAUGAAGCCAGGAAUUCACCCGAUGGCGAGCUGUAUCUCCGGAUCCAUGAUGAAUCUCGAACUUGGAGGAUCUGGACCGAUAAGCCUCCAGCGAAAUCGGUGGAUUAUCACCCUAAACCACGGCUCAGUGCUGCCGAGCAGUGCAUUGCUCUUAUCAGGGAAAAGGCCCCUCAUAAGGAAGAAGAAAUCAAAUUGUUGCUCCAGAAAUUCCCAGGAAGAGAAUAUCCCAUUCUUAAAAAGCUGCGAAAGAGCUUGGAAGAAGUGUAGCCAGCUCCAUAGUACAUACGGUAGAUAAGAAGGUUGGUGGUCCAAAAAGUAAAAAAGUGCUUCACUAUGU